AUGCAGUCCCAAGACAAAUCUGCCACAGACCUUCCGGUCGCUCCAUCCAUGGACGGAUCAGGUCGUGCUGCGGAACGUCAUGGCCUGCCAGAUGUCCAGCGCACUGGAUACCUGAUCCAGCACUAUAUUGCGGAGCUUGAGUCCUUGAUCAUCCAGGCGCUUGCUGCCGUCAUCAACAACCUCCACAACAUCAAAAGAAAGGCCGUUAUCACGGCGAAGGACAUCGAACACGUCAUUGCCGCCGUCAAAGAUGCCAUGUCUGCGGCGAAUGCCAGAUCAAAGGCUGCCGGCGUGAAGGAGGCUGAGGCCAAGGCAAGAAUUCGGGCCGAGACCGAGGAUGAGGGACGUCGCUGCAAGAGUGCAAGCACCAAUAUCUCCGCUGCCGCUGCCUUCCUCCAUAUCGUCGACACCCUCGAUAUUGCCUACUACGAGUUGGGAAAGGCUCUUCAGGCGUCUCAGCUACGGUCUUACCGCGCUUUGGAGAGGGAGAACGCCCGGCUUCAGUCCAAUUUGACAGCUCAGGAAGACACCAUUGAGCGUUUGGAGCAGGAGAUUGCAGAGCUGAAGGUAUGA